GUGCGAUGUUGUCAUUGUACGGAGUGUCUUGUAUCCCCCUUAAGAAUAAAACAGCAGCAACAACAAUAGCCAAAACAACAAAAAAAAAACAAGAAACAAUUGCCCUGAAACGUGAUAUGAAACCUUUUGGAAUUCCUGUUAUAUUUUGUAUAUUUUUAUGUUGUGACUAACGGGUACGCCGGAGCGCAACCGAUCCCACGAUCGUCGGGGAUCCCCUAAAUCAACAACAACACGAGUGGACAAGGAGAGGUUGGCUUCUUAAUUCUACUGUGUGGAGACUUGCUAAUUUAUCCUUUCAAGAUUGAUGUUUGAGCAACUUGCGCGCCCCUCCGGCCCCGGGAGCUUACGGCACGGGCGAACAAGGAAUGAUGACGUCACGCGCCAACUUACGGACCCCAUAGCAGCCAAAAUUUCCUCAACAAAGUGGCAACUACAUGCCCAGCCUCAUGAGCCUGUGGAUGGGAAUAACUUUCCAUACUUUAUAGCUGACCUCAACCACCCAUCUCUAUCCUCAACAUCCUCUGGACACAAACGUUUUUGUAAAAAUGAAACCUUAUCAGUGUUCAGAGUGUUUGAAAAGUUUUACUCAAAAGUCAAAACUAUUAUGUCAUGUGCGAGUCCAUUCAGGAGAGAAACCAUAUCAAUGUUCAGAGUGUCUUAAGGAAUUUGCAAAAAAGUCAAAUCUAGUAUAUCAUAUGAGAGUUCAUUCAGGAGAGAAACCAUAUCAUUGUUUAGAAUGUCUAAAAGACUUUUCACACAAAUCUUAUAUAGUAUCACAUAUGAGAGUUCAUUCAGAAGAGAAACCGUAUCAGUGUUCAAUGUGUCUAAAUAGGUUUUUACAAAAGUCAAAACUUUUACGUCAUAUGAGAGUUCAUUCAGGAGAGAAACCAUAUCGCUGUUCAGAGUGUUUGAAAGUCUUUACACAAAAGUCAAGUCUUUUAGUACAUAUGAGAUUUCAUUCAGGUGAGAAACCAUAUCAAUGUUUAAAAUGUCAAAAACACUUUGCUCAAAAAUCACAUCUAGUGUCACAUAUGAAAGUUCAUUCAAAAGAGAAGCCAUAUCAGUGUCCAGAGUGUCAAAAAUACUUUGGACAAAAGUCAAAUUUAGUACGUCAUUUGAGAAUUCAUUCAGGAGAAAAACCAUUUCAGUGCUUAGUGUGUUUGAAAGGCUUUACACAAAAUUCAUAUAUGUUAAAGCAUAUGAAAGUUCAUAAAGGAGAAUAACUUAAAUUUGUUUAUAAUUCUUUUUGACUAUAGCUACAUUAUAGUAAAUUAAUGAUUAUCACUCAUAAUACAAGGACUGGAACAGUGCAUAUGAGUUACAUCUAUUGCUGGGUCUGGAGAGUGAAGCAUGUGCCAAGUGACAUGGGGAGGUAAGCUCCCCCACUCCCUGGGUCAGUGUCCCGACAUGGCAUUAUGGGGGUAAAGCUACUGUCAAGAACCAGACAGCCACACUCGAGAAGUUUAAGUAAUCUGUCUACUGUGUUUGCUAUGCAUGGCGAUCCAUGUGUCAUUUGUUACCCUAUUGGAAGCUGUGGUUGCCCUCGGUCUAUGCCUCUGAGGAGGCAAUUUUUUGUUUUUGUUUGUAUUAUUAUCUACCACAGAUGUAGCUACACAUUUACA